AUGGCCCAAACUGACAAGCUCUCUGUGUAUCCUGAGGCUGAUAAGGAAUUGACCGUUGUGGAGACUCAUACGGAGCUCGAGCGGCAAGUGUCUCGCGCUCGCCAGGCCGUGCAGAGCUUUUCGGCCAAGUUCCUGGGAUCUGUUCGCUCGGGUGUCAACUCCGUGAUCAAGACGGAAGACAAGGUUGAAGACCGCGUCAGCAGCCUGCUUGCCAAGAAUGAAAACCUCACUCCCAACGGUCUCUACGUGGGUGUACUGACGCUUGCCAGUAUGGUCUUCACGCGCCACCGCGCAUUUCCUAUACGAUGGACUGUGCCUCCCGUUGUGCUUGUCGCAUCCAUGCGGUACUUCUUGCCUGGCACCAGUGACAAUAUUGCCGAGUACUACGAAAAGAAGGAAGAGGCCCUCUCGAAGCCAUUUAGUGAGGCGCGACGUGCCCAAUGGACCCGUGCUAAGCAGUUCUGGUACACUGGCAUUGACCACCUUCAGAUGACGCGCGAGAAACUUGCCGGCACGUGGACGUCCAGCGUACGAGGCCUGGAAGACUCGACGGGGCUUCAGGUGAGCUCGAUUCUGUCCGGCUCCGAUGCGACUCCCAGCGCCACACCAAAUUCGGCAGAGCCGAAGCAAACGAGGAAACUCGUAUAG